AUCAAAUUUAGCCUUAAUCCCUUUUGGAACUAUAAUAAAAGCGAUUAACUGUACCCUAUCGAUACAGCAGAUAUAGUUUGCCGUUUAACAAAUCAAAUAUAGUAUGUUUUGCUAACAUGAACGGCAUUAUGUUAUGGUGAAAAGCUUGUUUAUUUAUUAGACAAAUUCGUUUUCUGAAACAUGAUAGAUAUGUUACUCUAUGUAAGAAUAACGUUGGAAGCUUUUAUUUGGAUUCUUUACAGGACACAAUUAAUAUAUUCGUUUGAAAUUAAAUACCUUGGUUGCUACUUAGAUGACUCCAAUAGAAUGUUAGAUGAUGACCAUCAUGAUGACAAAAUGAGACUUGAAAUGUGCAAACAAUCAUGUAAUGGACACCGGUACCUGGGAUUACAAAAUUCCAAUCAGUGUUUUUGUGGUGAUUCUUUGGGCGAUCCAAAUGUUUACAAAAAGAAAAAUGUAAACGAAUGUAAUAAACCAUGUCGAGGGAAUUUGGCUCAAAUAUGUGGUGAUUCCUGGCGGAAUUCUGUUUAUGAAUUCAUAACAGCAACAGUGUCAACUACUAGAAUCAAACCCAAACCCGUAAAUUCUACUGUGAAAACUACAGAGAAGACAACCCCUAGACAAUCUAUAGUGACGACUGCAGAACAAACAACACUUGAUCAAUCAGAAGUGACAACUACAGACAUGACAAUACUUGGAAAGUCGCCAGUGACCACCUUACAAAUAACAAAACCUGGAGUAUCUAAAGUGACAACUAUGAAAACGACAACAAUUUUGGGAAAGUCUGAGGUCACUUCUGUUCAACCAAUCAGUCAACUUGAAUGCCUAUGUCCCUGUUCUCAGGUUGGGAAAGGCAAAUGGGAUUUCUUACGUGGAAUGAAUCUUAAUCUUGAUCAAUUAAGGGAAAUACUAAAGCCAGAAUUAGACUUGAUAAAAAAAGAACUAAGCAUCAACAAAUCUAAUACAACCCGGAUGCUCCGUGCCAAGACAUCAGCUCCAGAUGAUCGUGUAUCGGCUACGUCCGUAGGAUAUGUUGGAGUCGUCUUCAUUUGUCUAAUUACAGUUAUAAUUGUUUUCAUUGACAUGCUCGGCUGCAUUGUCGUUAAGUCUAAAAAACGUUCUUGAUUACAGCUUUACUGAAAUGGUUCCUGUUGUAUUUCUUUUUUUUUCUUCUUUCUAUCACACACAUAUAUAACUUAAUCAACUGUUAUCUUUGUUUAUGAAUUUGCACGUAAAGCAAACAAUGAAAUACGUAUGAAGAUAAUAGUUUAUCUUGAUACGAAUGGGUUUCUUAGACUAAACGUUUUUUUUUUUUUUUUUGACAUUUGUUACACAGGCUUAUAUUCCUCGAAUCAGUAGUGAAGUCCAUAAUUCUACCAUUUCCAGAUCCGAUCUGAUACAAAAGGUGCAUACCUAUGUUGAUCUACUCCUCACAUCGCUGUCUGGUCAAUUGAAAACAUAUGUUAGCUUUUUCUAACUUUGUUUACGAUUCGCUAGCUUAUCAAAGUAUAUUUCUCGCAAAUACAAUUUAUAGCACGGUGACCAUACUAUUGCAGAUGUACACCAGAGACAUAUAGAGGAACAUAAACAUUUGUCUUGACCAUAUUUAUAGAGGAACAUAAACAUUUGUCUUGACCAUAUUUUAAUAACAUACAGUACUCUGCAUUUUCAUUUCAUCACUGUUUUUAUCACUGCAUUUGUUGAAUAUACAAUCUAUCUUCUUUUGAAAUUGUUUAUACUUUUGUUAGGUCUUAGUAUAACACUGCAUUAAGGGCACACAAAUCGGCAAUACAGCAUAUACAUCAUUUGUUUGCUUUUUAGUGCAAUUUGUGUUUGUUUGAUAGACAUAAAAUUAUAAAAGAAGGUCAAAGGAAAGGUGGUAAGAUAUUCGAAUGUUGUGUAUUUUUGGAGAAUUUGUUCUGCAGUCAUACUUAUUGUUUGAUGUUAAUUAAAGAAUUUGCUUCGUCGAAUUUUCUUUGCAUGGUAACUAAACAUUAUGUCUCUCUUGCAAGAUUAGAGUAAAUACCAUUGACAAAAUAUCUUUCUAACAACAUGGCUGUAGAAAAAGUACAAUUUUAGUUACAUGCACCAUACACAUGAUAUAUAUUUAUUUGAUUUUGUGAAUACAUUCUUGGUGUUAUAAAAAGUUGUACAAAUAUUGAUGUUUUAUCUGAACUUGGAAGAUUCUCUUUUUAUAUUCAUACUCUUAACAACAUGUGUAUGUAUUGGCACCGCUUUGUUAACUCACCUACACAGCUAUUGACAUUAGCUUUCAGUGAAUAUCAAACAAGAGAGGUAGUUACAACCAAUACCUAAUAUAAUACAAGUAAAUUCUUUGGCGAGAAAUUGAAUUUUGAUCUCUUUAUUUGCAAAAAUUAUAACGAAUACAAAUUUAAGAGGUUGCUAAAAAAAAUGCUUCAAAAUAGAUUUAAUUAAACAUCGGAAAAGCAUGUCUCAUGGGGAGCACAGCAAAUUAAAAGCCGAUUUUAAUUGCAUACUCAACUUUGAAUUUGAAAAUUUUGUUAAUAUCAAACCCCCCCCCCCCCCCCCCCCCCAAAAAAAAAGAUUCACAUUGUGUAAAUUUAGACUAAGAUACCAUAGUCUUAAGUUUCAUAACUUGAUAAAAUUACAUAAAGAUGAUCUUUUAAUCUGGAUAAUAUCAAAUGAUGACAUAUAAUUUAUAUCAGAAUAGAUUAUCUUAAUCCUUUAUUUGAAACAAGACGGGCAAAAGAUCUCAGAAUAAACAUUCUAUCUUGACCAAAAAAACGUAUAUGCAAUUAACAAUUGUUUAUGAAUAUUUGAAGUGGACCAGGAGUUAUCCUCCUUUGUAUACUGUAUGAACUGCCUCUCCCCUUUUUAUUAUUGAACAAUUAUUGUUUGUUAUUGUAUUUAUAAUCAUACUUAUAUUGUAAUGUUUGUAUUUGUUAAGAAAAAUAAAGGUACCUUGUUCACAGCA